GACAUAGAUAAAGAUGGAAUUCAAGGAACUGGUUCUGAGAGUGGACACCCUAUUCCCAGUAUACCAUCACAGGUUAGUGGGUCAUCAUAUGCUUCAUCAAUGCUUACUGUAAUGGCAGAAACACAUUCACAUGCAACUGAUCGCAAAUCCACCAACCCAUUUGAUCUUCCCUAUGAUUCUGACUUGGAAUCCAAUGAUACG